AUGCCUCCCAAGCGAGCGGGCUCUAGAAAGAGGAAAGAGGUUCUGCCGGACCCCCAGACGCUACCGAGCGGUACCUGCAAUUAUUACAUAGGCGAGUGGUUCGUCAACAAGGAGAUAGACUCCCUGAGUGAUAUAUCGCAUUCAGUGGUGGAAGCACACACGAAAAGCAAUGGAGAGGUGUCAGUGCUACCCAGGACGGUCGUUCUAAUUCCACCUGCUACACUUGGAGAUGUCAACACCCACUACGCCGUUGAGGUUGCUGAUAACUUGCGUGUUGAAAGCAUCCCGCGCUCUGCUGUGGAACCGAAACCGAAGGCCAUUCCAGUGGAAGGUGAGGAAUCUUUCGACCCCCUGAGCACAAGGGAAAAGAAAGAAGAAGAGGGUGAUUCCGUCGUCCCUGAUGAUACGCUGCCAUCUGCUGCGGCAGUUCAGAAGGUGGGGUCCAGUGAGGCCGCCGCUGAGGUCGUCAUUCAAGGGACGGUACAUAUUGAAGGUAUUGUCCCGCGGAUCGUCAUAACUCCCGACCUGCCCGAGCCGCCAGUGGUACCAAAAAAGAAAAAGUCCGAUGCACGAAAGAAUAGCAAGCGCAAGGAGGAGGAGCAGAAGCGACUGGCAGAGGAAGCACGCAUAUAUGAGGAAAAGGUCAAUGCGGCAGUCGCGGCGGCGCGGGAAGAAGAAGAAUAUCGAAUGCAGUUUGCGCAUCCUGAGCGGUGGCCCAACGUGCAGUUCGCGAAUAUGACGUUCAACGGGCAGGUAAUAGUUGCCCAUGCUCACGUAAAAUUUCGGAAUUGCUGCUUCACCUCACGUAGCAAAGAUACUACACAACUCCUCGUGGCACAAUAUUGCAAGGUGGAGUGCGAAAGGUGCACCUUCGACCAACCACAAAAAGGCUCCGUUUAUGGUUGGCCAAUGUCUAAUAUCAUUCUCACGGAAUGUUAUUUCAAAGGAGCUUCGAGUUCGCGUGAUGGUUGCACCCUUCCGGUCGCCAACGCAUGUGAAUCCAGGCCUACGUGUGUGGGCCUGCACACCGAUGCCUGCAAGAUUACUGUGAAGGACUGUGAAUUCUCUGCACUUGGGACGGGUGUUAUAAUGCGUGGCACCUUUCCGGGGUCUUGUGCUGGACAACCGGCCAUGAGCAUAAAGAACUGUAAAUUUUAUGGAAUCUACGCCGCGGGUAUAGUUCUGGACAGUGUGAAUGGUGUAGAGUUGGCGGGCAACAAGGUGGAUGAAUGUGAGUAUUACGCGUUAGAUUGUGUCAAAGGAGAAGGUAUCCGUGUGUAUCAGAACACCUUUUUGUCCAAAAUUCGGGUUCAGAAAGGUGCACAUGCGAGGUUUUUGAACAACGAAACGGGAACAAUCCCCUUCACUGUGGAAGAGGUAGAAAACCCGAACUGGCAACCAGUUUACUGA